AUGUCCAUCUCAUUUAAAUCCAAAUCAGGACGUCCAUACAGAAUUUGGAUGAACUACGUCCUCUUCCACGACGCCGACGAUGACGAAGAAGAGGAAGAAGAGGAGGAGGAAGAAGAAGAAGAAGACGAUAUCCAGUUCAUUUCCAUCCGUAAAAAACAUUAA